AUGAAGUAUACGAUAGCGCAAUCGAUCGUGAUGCUUUUCCUUAUGUUGGACACCAAACCGCUGACAGAGGGAAUAGAGAUUAAUAAUUAUUUCCGACUGAUCAAUGACGUCCACAGAUAUUAUCGCACCUCAUGCGUUAUUUUCGUGCGAUCUGACAGUUGCGAUUUUAAUACGACGACGUUGGUGCACAUGUGGUCGCGUGAAUUCUCACGGCAGCGAGUCAUGACCAUGACAACAACUUUCUCGGAUCUGACGAGCAAGUACAAUGAGUACCAGGAAAAUGUCACUCGGCCGUUGUUCGUUGUUCUCCUUGACACUGAGGACAGUAUGAACAAGUUCGCCAAGACCACGAGGAGUAUAAAACCCAUCUCCUUCCCCGUCUGGUUCGUCAAGUUCCUUCAACGUCCUGGGAAUCCCCUCGAGAAGUACUGUCUGCACCCUACCGAUAACGUAUUCAAUGUUGACAUUCACACCAAUAUGCUGGUCCUGUGCUACAAUCGUCCGAUCCUGGUUGAGUGGUACGCCGUACGCGAAAAUCGCACCAGGACGUUCGAUCUGGCCACGUGGUCCCCUGAUGGAGAUCUGAUCUUGAAAACGCGAAAGAGCCUUUAUGCUAGAAGGAGCGAUAUGUUUGGCGAAGUUUUACGCGUAGCGUCCGUGGAAAAUGAUGAGUUCGGCGAGUUUUUGAGUCUGGUGCUGCUAGAGCUCAGUAAAGUGAUGAAUUUCACGGUAAAGAUUUUGCAUCCAGCGGAGGUAUACGGUAGCUGGAGCGAGCAGCAGAAGAUUUGGACAGGUGCGGCAUUCAGCUUAGACACUUGGAUAGCAUUAUUAAUGAUAAUAAUAAUCGCUUCUUUUCUGUUGACUACUAUGAAAAUAGAAAACGGAUUCUCGAUGGACUUAAUGUCUGAAAACUAUAUUAAAAUUUGGGGAAUUUAUUGCCAACAAGGUCUGCCAGGAUUUCCUAGAGAGUCAUCGGUAAGGUUGGCUUUCUUCUCGAUUUACAUCUCGGCAAUAAUAAUUCUGGCCAGUUAUUCUGCCUCGUUGAUCAGCUUCCUGGCGCUCAAUACCCCCCAACUAUCUUUUUCUACUCUAGAGGGUUAUGUUAAGGACGGCACUUACAAAUUAAUUGUUUUGGAAGACAGCGCCGAGUACGAAGUUCUUAGUAGUACCAAAGACCCAGUGUAUUUAAAAAUGUACCAAUUGUUGGAGAAGAAAAAGUAUUUACCGGCCACACAGAUGGAAGGUUUCGAGAAAAUCUGCCAGGGGAAGAAGAACUUGGCAUUUUAUACGACGGAGGUGGCCAAAGAAACUAAUAUAUCUAUACAGUGUAAAGUCGUAUACAUUGUUACCGGGAGAAUCGAUAAUCUGGGGCUAACGCUAACAAAAGGAAGUUCUUUCACUGGUUUUAUAAAUUAUCACUUGCAGCGAUUUCAGCUUAAUGGCGUUAUGAACAAGUUGCGGAACAAGUAUCAUGCAAAAGAUCCCCCGAAUGCGAUGACUUCUGAAAUAAUUGAUUUAAACGAUAUAACGCCGAUUCUGACGAUAAUGAUUGGCGGUAUGAUCCUGGCCCUAUUUAUCCUGAUAAUCGAGAAAAUGUAUUCGUUACGCACUCAAAUAGUUUCAAAGAAUAACGUUUCUAAGACAGCCCAGUACUAA